AUGACUGCUGAGCUUUUUGAAGCGUUUAUGUGUAUUUUCCAGCUGUUGCAUCAUGUUGCUAAUAGAUUUAGCAUAACAUUUGGAAGACAACCGCCAUAUCCACAAUAUAAUAUUACUGAUAUCAGAAAUUUCUUAGAUUCUAUCUUACCAAUUGUUCAACCAGAAAAAUAUUUCAUACUUGACGAAGUAAAAAAUAUGAUUGCUAGAUAUUCUUGUUUGAAAUAUUUCGAAUCAAUAAAAAAACAAUUAUAUUCAAAAACAAAUGGUGAAAACCAUAUAAAACAAGCAAAAGUGUGGUCUAUACUAUUACAAACAUUGAAAAUAGAUAUAAUUGAUUGUAUAACUAUUGCUAAUAAGAAAAAAAAAGAAGAAGCAAUAAAAAAAUUACAAAAAGAAGAGCAACAAUUCAAUGAAUCUAAUUAUGGAUCAUUUCCUAGUUCAGCAGUGUUAUUGUUUCGAAGAUAUUUCUUAGACAAUAGCAUUAGUGGUAAUAUAAAGGAUACAUUUGAAAAAUGGUUAAAGAAUAAAAAUUUAUGGAAGUCCUUAGACGACGAUAUUUUGUAUAGAAAACACAUUGCCAUGUACAAGUUCUUAGUGUUUUUCUCUAUAAGUAAUGAAUAUAAUGAUAAAUUAAACAAUAUAUUUAAAGCAAUUCAAAGACCAGUCUUAUCCACUGAAGAUAGAUUAUUAAAUUUUAAAGCAACUGAGUUGGCAUUAGAAACAAUUGGAUCGUGCAUUAAUCUAACUGACGACUCAUUGAAUUUAGAAAAUUGUUAUGAUUUUCAGGAAUAUGUAAAUAAUAAUAAAGAUAUAACAGACUUGCAGUCAACAAUUAUUCCCAAAUUGCAAAUUUUAUAUAGUAUACGGAAUAGAAAUUUAAUACAAGAGCUUUAUAUAGAACUAACGAAAGAUGAUCAUAUUAUCGAACAGGACAUAUUACAUUUUAUUGUUUCUGCGGUUAUAGAUAUCGACAAAAAAUCAGAAAAUUAUGAAAAAAAUAUUGAAAAUGUCAAACAUGCAAUUCAAUUACUUAAAGCUUACGUCAAAGGUCACCAUAAAAAUCUGAGUAAAGAAAAUAAUGAUCAACAAAAAUAUCUUAUAAUGAAAAAGAAAAGUACGAGAGAAAUUGAAGAGGAUACAACUAAAGAAAAAAAACCCAUAAUCAUUAAUUUUGCUGAAGUAUCAAGUGCAAAAUAUACUGAGAAAAAUAAAAUAAACAAUCUUUUUAUUGCUUAUAAAUGGUUAAUGGAAAUGAAUGAAGUACUUAUUAACAAUUCAUUUUCUAUUUCUUUAAGUAAUGAUUUUUCUGAAGCAAAGAAGAAUAUAUAUCAAUUGGCAAGGGAUGAAAAAAGAAUACUCGACACUGAAAAUAUUAUGUCAGAUGAACAUUUUAUGUAUCUAAAAGUUAAACGAGAGAGCAAAAUUCUAUUACCUCCUGAUGAUUGGAAACAUAAUGACCUUUCUAAUUGGUAUCAACAAAUAACGAUGCAAUUUAAUUCCAGUCCCAUACAAAAUGAUUCGUAUAGAUUUAUGGCUGAAAAAUUUAUGUAUCUGAAAAAUAAUUCGAAAUGUCCAUACAUUAAUAAGAUUGAAAUGUCUACAACAAUAUUUAAAUGCUAUUGGAAGUUAAAACUUGACUAUAUUUCGAUGUACACCUAUAUAAAGAGAGCUAUUACCGAAAUAGUCAUUACUCCUGAAGACCGUUUAAGAAAUUUAGAAGCGCACGAACUAUUUACUGAGUUAUUGAUGGAGCGUAAUGAAAUUGGAAUUAAAAUGGCGAAUGAACUUAAAGUCAAUCAAGUAUAUAAUACGUUUUUGUUAGAUCCUGAUCUUCGUGACAAGAAUAAUAUUGAUUCUCCAGAUUUCUCGAAUAACACGGAUGAUGACGAUGAUGAAAAAUAA